AGGAGGAGGAGGAGGAGGAGGAGGAGAGAUGACGGUGGCGGCGAAGGCGAUGGCGACGCGGGGCACAUGAGGCGCCGGCCGGCGGGACGGGCCGAGGCCCGGCGGAGGAGGCGGUUCCGGGGGACCCCGCCGCCAGGUUCCGUGGUGUGCUAAGGCCCUCCGCAAACUGGUCUUUGACUUCCCCGUUCAGCCUUCUCUACAGCCACUUCCCAAACAUCCUCCAUCAUGUUCCAGUCUAAGAGCCUUCUUGUGCAACUUUUCACUCACACCAUUUUCUCCAUCUGCCUUGCCUCUACUUCCCACCCCAGCUCUGCCUGGUGAAACCAUACCCAUUCUUCAGAGACCCACUUGUCUUCUGCAAGGGAAUCUGGAAAACUUGUAAGCAAAACAUCAUUUCUCUAAGAAAAUUUUGGAUAACAGAAAUUCUGGAUAACAGGGUGAACCAGUUCAGUCACCAUGAGUUGGAGCUUCCUCACUCGCCUGCUAGAGGAGAUCCACAACCACUCCACGUUUGUGGGGAAGAUCUGGCUUACUGUAUUGAUCGUCUUCCGGAUUGUCCUUACAGCUGUAGGAGGAGAGUCCAUCUAUUACGACGAGCAAAGCAAAUUUGUGUGCAACACAGAGCAGCCAGGCUGUGAGAACGUCUGCUAUGAUGCCUUUGCACCCCUCUCCCACGUGCGCUUCUGGGUGUUCCAGAUCAUCCUGGUGGCCACCCCCUCAGUGAUGUACCUGGGCUAUGCCAUUCAUAAGAUUGCCAAAAUGGAGCACGGUGAAGCAGACAAGAAGGCCGCUCGGAGCAAACCCUAUGCAAUGCGUUGGAAACAACACCGGGCUCUGGAAGAAACAGAAGAGGACCAUGAAGAGGAUCCCAUGAUGUAUCCAGAAAUGGAAUUAGAAAGUGAAAAAGAAAAUAAAGAUCAGAACCAAUCUAAACCUAAGCAUGAUGGCCGACACCGGAUCCGGGAGGAUGGGCUCAUGAAAAUCUAUGUGCUGCAGUUGCUGGCAAGGACCGUGUUUGAGGUGGGUUUUCUGAUAGGGCAGUACUUUCUGUAUGGCUUCCAAGUCCACCCAUUUUAUGUGUGCAGCAGACUUCCUUGCCCUCAUAAGAUAGACUGCUUUAUUUCUAGACCCACUGAAAAGACCAUCUUUCUUCUGAUAAUGUAUGGUGUUACAGGCCUCUGCCUGUUGCUUAACGUUUGGGAGAUGCUUCAUUUAGGAUUUGGGACAAUUCGAGACUCACUGAACAGUAAAAGGAGGGAACUGGAAGAUCCGGGUGCUUAUAAUUAUCCUUUCACUUGGAACACACCAUCUGCUCCCCCUGGCUAUAACAUUGCCGUCAAACCAGAUCAAAUCCAGUACACCGAACUGUCCAACGCUAAGAUUGCCUACAAGCAAAACAAGGCCAACAUCGCCCAGGAACAACAGUAUGGCAGCCAUGAGGACAACCUCCCAGCUGACCUGGAGACUCUGCAGAGGGAAAUCAAAAUGGCUCAGGAACGCCUGGAUCUGGCAAUCCAGGCCUACAAUCACCAAAACAACCCCCAUGGUCCCCGGGGAAAAAAAGCCAAAGUGGGGUCCAAGGCUGGGUCCAACAAAAGCAGUGCUAGUAGCAAAUCGGGGGACGGGAAGACCUCCGUCUGGAUCUAAUCUUGGCUGGGCUUAAAACUUGUGCUUUUCAUAGUUCAUGGUAAGCAGCGGCUCACUGAAUAGUGACUUCCAUUGAGUAAACAUUUGGCUCUGGUUAUUUUCAGGGACGCUGUUGACUCGUGAUCCAAGCUCAGGGGACUCUGAAGGUGGGGCUGGGACAAAGGGGAAAGGACGGGAAACACAGUGUUCCUGGACACAUGUUCCAGCAAUAAUACAGUUGCAGAACUUUACAUUUGUGUCUUCCAGAUCCGGAAGAGAACAGAUAUAUUUAAAUCAUUCUUGUUGAACAGUUUUUGUAUGUACAGUAUUAUGGUACUUUUUUUUUUUUUUUAGUAUGAGAACUUUUUUUUGUAUUUGUAUAUUGGACCACUGUAGUUAUACUUUUAUAUUAAAGGGGAAAUAAUCCUUAAGGUAAUGCCUAUUAGGCUAGUGUUUAUUACUUUGUUCAGCAAAUUCUACCCUGGAUUUAAAGUUUUAAUAGAUGCUACAUACCUAAUAAAAGUGCCUCUCGUGUUGCAGGGAAGAUUUCAGAUAUGUAAGCCGCAGGAGGAGGGUGAAUCAGUUCUCAGUCUUGGAAAGAGUCCAUAGUAGAGGGAGGUUGAGAUCUCUCUUUGACUUGAGAAGUCUUUGAAUCUCAUUCAUGUGUCCAGAGUUGUAUCCAGUCUUUGAAAACCUAUUUGUGUUUUCAAAGAAGAUAAAGUGAUUCACUGCAGAAGUCCUUUAAAUAUCAAGCCUUGCCAGUAUAUGCUUUGAUGGUGUGUAUAUAAUGUCAUUUCUUUCAAAAGGCUGAUGCACAAAGGUGUCCUCAUCCAGUAGCAGUGUGGAGACCCUGGCUAGAACUGUUCUAAGGUUCCUCUGUCACAAAACAAAGGCACACCUGGAAAGUAAGCCCUGAUAAGAUGUUUAGUUGUGGACCUGUUUGAUUUGCCUUAAAUCUGUAUCCAAAAACCUGCCUCUCUGGUUUCUUAAGAAGCCAGUGAUGGAUAUUUUUUUUAAUAUGGUAACAGUAAAAAUACGAAAAUUCCCUUCUAGGCUAAAAAUUAAUCAAAGCUACCUUAAACUGCAUAUGGCAGAAGGCCUAAAUUCAAAUUCCUUAUUUUUUAUAAUUCACCAUGGAACUUUUAUAAUUUACAUAUUUCUGCCAAUGUAGGUUUCUGCCUGGAAGGCCAGUCAGACCUGGGAUUCUAUCUGUAAAUAGACCGAAAGAGAAUUUCAGUAUUUAUUUGCUAUAGGCAUAUCUAUUUGUUAAUGACAGGCAUUAAUGUUCACAUAACACUCGUAAUUUGCAGUAGUAUUUUAUUGCCAUUUUCAACCUUCUCUUAUGUUGGAGAACUUUGCUCUCCUGUCAUGUUCACAUCAUUUGUCUUACAGUUUAUGAGCCUUCUGAGUAAGAGCUUUGGUAAAGAUUUAAAGGAAGCGGUGUUUGCUUCACCAGGGAGCAUUUCAUUUUGGGCAUCUCACUCUCUUCUAACAGAAAGUUAUUGCAAGCCACCUCCAACUUUGAAAUUCCAAGAGUGCUAUUUUUUUGAUUUAAUUUUUAAAUGUCAGUUCUCUCUUCUUAGAACAGCGUCCUGUAUGCAGUUCUUUUUUUCUUUGUUGUUCUCCAUUGCAUUUCUCCCCCACCUCCACCCCCGGCAAAAGACACUCAGUUGAAAACUUAAGCUUAUCUUCUAACCAUGCAUUUACCUUUAUUUUGCUUUUUUUAGUCUGUAAAUUUUAGCCUAGAGAAGUUCUUCAGGAUCUCUAUAAACACUUAGCAAAAGGUAAACUCCAGUGAGACUGAAGGGGAAAUUUCAGAAAAUGAUUUAUACAUGUAUGUAUCCUUGAUAAUUAAUAGACCUGCACAGUUUCCUUGAAACCAAGUGUUUAAUAAGGAAUUUUAAAUAAUUAUUCUAAAACAAGGGAAGAUUUUAAAUACUUCAGGCCAGCUAAGAUAAAGAACUACCAAUAAUUCUUAUGUCAGUAGAACUUCAUGUAUAUUUCUUAUUUGAAGGACAGAAAAAAUACACAUACAUUCACAUCCAUCUAUUCAGAGCCUGAAGGAGAACAGAGUGGCUUUGCCAGUGGAAGGGUUGGGGAUCUGAGUGAGAGAGAGGGAAGGAGUCAAGCAGAAAUGCCAGGCAGACAUUUGGCGCCAGAAGCAUCUACUUAGUUUCUACAAACAGGGCCCCUGGUGUUUCAUCUGGGCUUGUUCUGAUGAGAAUGUUAUCUUUUGUGUCUGGAUAAUUCUUCAACUUCCUCAAGUACAUAGAAAGAUAUUCUGGGUCACUUCACAUGUGUUAAAGUCUAUUUUUAUUCUCUCACUAAGGUUCUAAUUAUGACAUAGAUUUCCCCACUCUCACUGCUUUCUUAGUCCAUUUCUUUCAGCCGCUGAACAUACGAGUUUGCCAAGGCCAUUCUCCCCUAACAACCUGUCAUGGACCUACAUUAAGACGGCCCUAUCGCUGUCUAGCUUAUUAACCCAUUAAUUGGGUCUACAUUGAGUCUAUGAAAAUAUUGUUCCAGUUACUGUUCUGGAACUUGCAGGUAUUUGUAUAAAACACCUGUCAGCAGGGUUGUUUUUUUUUUUCCCCCUAUAUCAUUCCUUUGAAUUGCUGUAUAAGACAUGCUCUGUCGUAUGACAUUUGCUUCCCUAAAUAGAAGUUGAGUGCUUAGUCCUUCACAGACUACAAUCAGGAUGUGGUCAACAACAUGUUAUAUUCCUUAACAUACAGUUGGAUUUAUUCAGGUGUGGUGUGUCCUUUGUUCAUCUUUGUUACAGUCUGUUAUUCAGAAGAGAUUUGUAAGACAAAUAGGCUUUUCCUCUUAGUUCAAAUUUGAGGGAAGAAUGGUAUAACAUUCUCCCCUAAGGAAAUGUCACGGUUCAUUUUGUGGCUUCCUCUUUGCUUUUGGCCUUAGUUUCGCCUGUUUCUAUAUUUGUUCAUUUAAAACCACAAGCGUGUUACUUCAUUGAAGUCAGUUUGGGGAUUUUCCUUGACUGACGUCUAUAGACUUUUGAUAAAAAGGGACUUUGCCAUCUAAAAUGGUUCUCACAGGUUAGGGCUCCCACAUAUCUGUCUUUUAGAAGGACAC